AUGGAGCCUCGAGCGCGUGCUGCCAAAAAUGUUGGCAAAAUGAACUUUUCCAACGCCGAGUUGGCCCAGCUGCUCUACGCACAUGGCGACGUCAAGAACCCGCUGCCCGAAACGCUGCGAGUCCUCGACGAAAUCCUGACAGACUUUAUGCAAGCCGUUGCCUUUGAAGCCUCCCGUGCAGGACAGUAUACUGGACGACAAAAGAUCAAAUACGAAGAUUUUGAAUUUGCAUUCCGCAAGAACCCUGUCUUUCUGGGCAAGGUGCAGGAGGUGUUUGAGAAGCAGCGAGAGAUUAAGAAGGCGCGUGAGAUUCUGAGAGACGGCGAGGACGACAUUAUGAAGGAAGCCGUAGAAGAAGAGAAGAAGAAAGCUAAGGCUGAAGAUGCCAAAGGCUCCAAAGAUGAGGAAUUGGGAGAAGACGAUGAUGACGCGGAUGCGUAUGCUGAUGCUCUCGGAAAGAAGAAGUGA